GGCUUGUUUGAAAAGAAUUUCGCUUAAAUCAUGUUUCACUCACUCGUCACUUUUGUGAUUUGUGGAAUGGUUUGCGUUCUUGUUCAUGGCCAACUUUCAGGGGAUGAAAAUUGUGAAACGUUGCCAUUUCAAUUGCAUUUAAUAAAAGAGGAAUAUGACGAACUUGGACGUCUUCAAAGAACUUGUGAUGGAGAAGUAACUGUCAACAAAUGCGAAGGUUUUUGCAACAGCCAAGUUCAACCUUCGGUUAUCACACCAACUGGUUUUCUCAAGGAAUGCUACUGUUGUCGGGAAUCAUAUUUAAAGGAUCGUUUGGUUACAUUAAAUCAUUGUUACGAUCCCGAUGGAAUUCGUUUGACAUCAAAUGGCAUGUCGUCAAUGGAUUUACGAUUACGGGAACCAAGUGAAUGCAAAUGCUUCAAAUGUGAAGACUCUCCUUUUAAUAUCAUGAGAGCCUUAAUAAUAUUCUUUUUCGCUUACGGAUGCUCAUCUUAUCAAAUAAAAAGUGUUGCAAGCGCAAGUGAUGAAUGUUCUCUUACACCCGUAAUUCAUGUUCUGCAAUAUCCUGGAUGCGUACCGAAACCAAUUCCAUCGUUUGCUUGUAUUGGAAAGUGCGGAAGUUAUGUUCAGGUUUCAGGCAGUAAAAUAUGGCAAAUGGAGCGAUCAUGUAAUUGUUGUCAAGAGUCGGGAGAGAGAGAAGCUUCUGUUUCAUUAUUCUGCCCAAAAGCAAAACAAGGCGAAAGAAAAUUUAGAAAGGUUUCAACUAAAGCUCCUCUAGGUAUAAAGAAAAAAAAUUACAAGUUUGGAAAAAUGACUAAUAAAAUUGAAAUAGAAUUCGCUCAACAAUCCAACUAUGAGGGCUCCAAAAUGUUUUCAUCAUUAGCUGAUGUCUUAGGCUUAUCAGUCGAUUUGCAAGCUAUUCAUAUUGCAGGACUUCCAGCUGCAUGUUAUAUCGUUAUUCGCACUCAAAAUCCUCAAAUUGUUCAACGAAUCGUGAUGGUCGUUUCAUUGACAUACCUCUCCUGCAUUCAUCUUCACCGUCAAUAUAACGAUUACGGCUCAUAUACAGUCGACAUUACCGGACCUCUGAUGAUCAUCACACAGAAAGUCGUAAGUUUGGCUUUCAGCAUUCAUGAUGGUUUUGUACGUGGAAAGAAGGAAUUGACAAAAAGUCAACAAUACCACAUGGUCGAAAAGGUUCCAUCACCUUUGGAAUAUUUUUCUUAUGCAUUAAACUUCCAAAGUCUAAUGGCCGGUCCCUUGAUCUUCUACCGCGACUAUAUUGAAUUUGUUGAAGGUUGCAAUAUUAUCAAAAGAACAAACACAAAUGGAAUGAUCGAUGAAACCAACAAGAAGAUUAUCCAAGAACCGUCGCCAGUGAAAGCUGUUGUAAAAAAAGUAUUUGCUUGUGCAGCAUGCGCUUACAUCUUUGUCAAGUUUAUUAAUCUAUAUCCUAUCAAAAAUAUAAAAGACGACGACUUUAUCGAAGGCAACAACAUAUUCUACAACUUUUGGUACUUGAUGAUGUGCACUACAACUGUUCGCUUCAAGUAUUAUUUUGCUUGGCUGCUUGCCGAUGCCAUUUGCAAUAAUGCUGGCUUAGGAUUUAAUGGAUUCGAAAGCGAUGGCACACCAAAUGCAUUGUGGCACGGAUUUUAUCCCGGAUAUUACUUGACGUUUUCGACAGGAGCUCUUAUAGUAGUAGCAGCUAGAAAGUCACGUCGAAUGUUCCGUCAUCACUUCCAACAAACUGAAAUGAGUCGAACAUUCUAUGACGUUUUGACUUGUAUUGUAACUCGUAUUUUUAUGGCCUACACGACAUUCCCUUUUGUGUUACUCGAGCUUGGGGCUAGUCUUCGUUUGUACCUGAAACUUUUCAUGUGCCUUCAUUUAAUCGCUCUGUUGUCCGUAUUCGUUUUCCCUAAACUUAUGCGAAAUAUUAGCAGUAGCGAUAAACGUUCAUCCACCGUUACACAAACGACCAAAGUUACCGAUGAUUCUCUUGGAAAGUCAUCACAUGAUGAUGCUGAACCAUCAAAAAACGAUGAGCUUUUAAAAGAUGACCGAAAAAUCGUUGUUGCUGAAGAUAAUAAGCAGCUUUCCGAUAUCGAUGAGUCGAGUAAUUCUAGCAGUUCAUGCAGUAGCUUUAGUAACAGUAUGAAUGAUAUCAGUGAUAAAAAUCACCAACGUAAAACCGAUACAAAUUACCUUCUCAAAGAUCUCAUCAAUAAAGAAGUGAACAAAAUAAAAGGCGAAACUGAUAAUUUAUCGAAUUUGCUGAAGGAAAAGAUUGAAGCAGCAAACAUUGAAGGAUUAAUCGACAAGACUGUGAAUGGCAUUGUCGAGUUGAAAGAUGAUUUGAUGAGAAUGAAUGAACCUGAAGUUUAUAGUGGAGGCGCAACUGAUGGACUAAGAAAGAGAAACUUAACGGCAAGUGACUUGGAAGUCAAUGGAGCUGGAAAAGUACCUGACGGUGUCGAUGCAUUUCUGAAGAAAGAAAUCGAUGCAAUAAAAGAAGCGAAUGUCAUUCCAGCUGUUCUUAGCAAUGGACAUGCCAAAUAAAAGCCGCUUUGUAACACAAGAGAUAUUGCAUUUGCAGUGGUUAAAAUGAUAUUGCACACAAAGCUUGAAACUUAUUUUUUUACUUUCCCUUCUUUCUUAAAAGUUUUUCUAAAAAUAUUCAGAAAACGAUUUAAACUUUUCAAUUUUUUUUUAAAACUAAACAAUCCUUAAACUUAUUUUCUUAUUUACAGUGAUGCAAAAAAAAGGAGAAAGUUUUUAUUUUUAAUGCAUGUAAAAACAGUGAUAAAAGAAUUAUGAACUUGCAAACAAACUCAAACGAGAAGAGGAGAAAAUCUUUGAAACUAAAUGAUAUUUAGAUAAACCAGAAAACAAAAUUGAUAUCAAAGCUUAAUAAAUCAUUCAUCACAAUUAGCAAUUGGCUUCCUGCAUAGACAUUUUAUGCAAAAUUAAAUCGAAAUGAAAAUUGUGCUCCAACAUCCAAAAUAUUUUCAUUUAUUCGACUUUUAUCUUCAUUAUUUGAGCUUCCAAAAUCAUGUGAAGAAAACAUUUAUUUAUAUUGAAAGUUCUGUUAAAUUGUAGCAAGAAUUUUAUAAAAAAAGACGAAGAACAAAUUCACAAUGUGUAAGCUUCCGUAACAAAAAUGUCAAAAUGAACACAAAUUAAAAUUGUAAAAUGUAAAUCACAACCAAUAGGUAUAAAAAUGUUAACUGAAGGAUUCCCGUUCUCUUCCCAGAUUUUUAUAAAAGUGCGCUUUUCAAAUGAAUAUUUUUGUUGAAUGUUCAAUAAGUCGUCCAAUCUUGAAUACUUGACUUUAUUUUUUUUACUUUAAAGCUCUAGUCGAUGGUGAAAAUUUUUUUACUUUCCCUUUUAUUAAAAGUUAAUUUUUUUAACUCCACAAAGCUAAACCAUCCUCUUCCAUCCAUCACUAUUUAAUUAUGAUAAAAAUAGUUAUUAAAGUAAAUAAAAUAAUAUGUAUCGGACCCAAUUGGCAACCUAAUCAUUAAACCCAAAUUUUACAUAUCCUCUGAAAAAAAUGAACAGAAAACGUUUAAAUAUUACUUCUGAAACAACCAAAUGUUUUUUUUCCACAAUUCUAUUGUAAGAAGAAGAGCAAGAAGCUGAAAUGAAAUAUUUAAAGAAGAAAACGAAAAUUAAAUUUUUAUUAAAAAUAAAUUGAAGUUAUAAUUUAAAUUGUUGAUUUCAUUUGCUUUUGUGUAUUUUUAAAAUUCCAGCCGACCAGCAGACUCGUAAUAACCAUCGUCAGAUUUUCCUAGUAACUUGCUAAUAUGAAUUUGUUUUAUUUCAUGUGUUCCGAAAUGAAAGUCUUUGUACUUUUCAAUUAUUUCUGUUGCAUUAAAAGCCCUUUUUCUUUUAGCUUUCGAUGU